ACAUGCACCAGAAGUACCGUGGUGGAAGCCACAUCGUCAACGUCAACGACAACGCCCACCACGCACCAGACAAUCUUUCUGGCAAGCGGGACUGUGCACCGCAUUGAAUACAGUCACACCCUAUCGUUCGCCGAUCUCAGUUCAGCCCGCCAUGCGUUGGGUUUCCUCCCUCCUUCGCCUUUCGCUUCUGGCGUCAGGAGCUCUAGCGGCUGCCAAGUCGCCAGAGGAGCGCUUCCAGGACUUCCACACCAAGGCACUGUCGUCCUCGCCCGUCAAGCUUAAUGACAAAACCUUCAAGCAGGUCACUGCGUUGCCGCGUGAUUACACCACUAUGGUGUUGCUGACAGCCCUCGACUCUAAGUUCGGAUGCCAGCUGUGUCGCGAAUUUCAACCUGAGUGGGACAUCUUGUCACGCAGCUGGACCAAGGGCGACAAGAAAGCCGAAUCCCGCAUGAUCUUCGGAACUCUGGAUUUCGCUGAUGGCCGGGAUACAUUCAUGUCGCUCGGACUUCAAACCGCACCUGUUCUGCUGCUGUAUCUGCCUACUACUGGACCCCACGCUGUCGCAUCUUCCGAGCCCUUGCGCUACGACUUCACCAGCGGACCCCAGGUUGCCGAACAAGUCCACUCGUGGCUCGCUCGCCACAUGGACGGCCGCCCCCAACCCAGCGUGAAGCGUCCCAUCAACUGGAUGCGAUGGAUCUCGACUGUUGUCGUCACGCUUGGCCUGGGCACUGCCCUCAUCACGGCUUCUCCUUACGUCCUUCCUGUCAUUAGGAGCCGCAACCUCUGGGCCGUCUUCAGCCUUAUCACAAUCCUCCUAUUCACCAGCGGCUACAUGUUCACCCUGAUCCGCAAGACACCGUACGUUGUCGGCAAUGGCAAGGGCGGCGUCACUUACUUCACUGGUGGCUUCCAGAACCAGCUCGGCAUGGAGACACAGAUCGUCGCUGCCAUUUAUGGUGUCCUGGCGUUCUGCGCCAUUGCACUGACUGUAAAAGUGCCGCGAAUUGAGGAUCCCAAGAAGCAGCAAAUAGCCAUCUUGGCUGGUGCUGGUGUCAUGUUCAUCAUGUACAGCUUCCUUCUCAGCGUCUUCCGCAUCAAGAACGGCGGAUACCCCUUCUCUCUGCCUCCUUUCAUGUAA